CUUUAACUAGUACGGAUUACGAAAUUGAAUUAUUAAAGAAUUGGUUAAAUUCCACCGCUGGAUUUAGCAAAACAAAAAUAAAUUCGGAACGCAGAAAAAAAACACGACCGUUCGCUUUGAAGCUAUCCUUUAGAUGUUCGAAGACGAAGUGCGCUCCAAUGAGGACUAUGUCAAUCCCGCGACUGGAACUUUAAGCAGCAGUAUUGGGUACGAUGGGCUGAUGGAUACAGUCAGGCAAGAGCACGGUUUGGAGAUCAGCACCAGUGUGCUAUGGACGGAUUCUAAGACUGUGCUGCAAUGGAUAAGCAGCACAAGGACGUGUACCUGAGUAUUGGUUCGCGGUGGCUAAGUGGUCCUCCAUUCUUACGAGGACCGGAAGAAAGCUGGCCGAGAUCGCGCGAGAAAUGGAAUCCCCCGACGCCAGAUGAAGAGGAGAUGAAAUGUGAGUUUGCCCUGGUCAUGGCGAACUUUAUAUCGUUACGGAGAUUUUCGAGCUACAACCGAUUAGUAAGGAGCACCGCAUGGGUGCUCAGAUUUAUUCGACGGUGCCGUGGACUACGCUCCGAUCGAGAGGAUCACGGACUGACGUCGAUGGAGUGCGCUGAGGCCGAGCGCGCACUGAUAAGGCAAUCGCAGGGAGAAGCGUUUGCUGAAUACAGCCAAGGAAAGGCCGCCAAGUUCUGGAUUACGAACUUUCGGAGGCUGCUACGGAAGGUGAUGAGUAACUGCAAUGUAUGCAAACUACGGAAGGCGCGACCUGCGCAGCCGGAGAUGGGUCCCCUGCCAGAGGACCGGCUGGAGGCCAACGGAUGGCCAUUCAAGUAUACCGGCCUGGAUUAUUUUGGACCGCUAUUUGUGACUGUUGGACGUCACACGGAGAAAAGGUGGGUGGCAUUGUUUACGUGUCUAACCACAAGGGCUAUCCACUUGGAGAUGGCCCACGAUUUGUCUACAGAUUCCUGUAUAAGCGCCAUGAUUCCAAAGGAAUCGAGUGGUUCUUUAAUUGCCCGGCGAACCUAGCUGAGGGUGGCGCUUGGGAAAGGAUGGUGCAGUGCGUGAAGAAGGUGCUGGCGCACACAAUGAUGGUGCAAGCACGUCGAGCCCAUUCGUCGAGGAGAUCUGGUGUUCAUAUGUGAUCCACACGAUACCACGAAGAGAGUGGAAACGAGGCGUCGUGGAAGAGGUGUUCACCGGGAGAGAUGGAAUUCCUCGUCGAGCGGCGGUGCGGACUAACGAUCGAGCCAAGACGACAAUGCGUCCCGCUUCGAAGCUAGCUGUCCUGGACGUGGUGAAUGCGAGUGCUUCACCGGAGUGGGGAUGUCGCGGAACGGUUUACGGCUAUCGAUAGUUAAUGAAGUUUCAAUUUAGAGCCGCCAGAACUUGGAGAUAUUUGUGUUAGGAUUUUGAAGUUUACUUAUUAGGGCACACUAAAUCGGGUGACGCCAAGCUUAAUUUCGGCGGGCUAAAUCACUCCGUUUUUGCUAUCACAUUGAGAAGGAAGAGGAACUGCGGUAUGUAAGAUUGAGACUGUAUUUCAGGUUAAGUUUAACCUAUGUAUAUUCUACAAAAUAAAACAACUCCAACUACUCUGUUUGUUAUCGAA